UCAGUCAGCAGCGGGUCGGUCCCGAACACAGACGUCUCCCUCGCGCCCGGUCCAGCACCAGCCCGGCUUCACUCCCGCCCCGCCGUCCACGCAGACCAGCCUCUCUCUCCGUCCGUCAGAGUCCGUCGAGCGAGUGGGUUUUUAAUCGGCCAGUAGCUCCUUCGCUUCGGACAUUGCGUGGUUAAUUUCUGGACUCUAGUUGUGUGGAUUCUGCCGAAGGAGAGACGACGGUCAGGCCUUCAGGAGGCGAGAAAUACCGAUUCAAAAAGUGCGUUGGAAUAGGAUGUGCUGACAGCCUCCCGCGAUGGAGAGAGCGAUGUUGCUGAAUCUGCUCCUGCUGGCGCUGGGCAACCCUACAAGAAGCGAACUUAUCGAAUACCCAAAACUAAACACCUAUACCAUUGGCGGAGAAAAUACUGAUCCGUUCACCUUGGUAGCCUCUGCGACUGCCCAGCUCGCGCCUGUCUACAACCCAGGAGGAACCCCAGAGCCUGUAGUCGUGGAAGCAACGCCUACUGCCGAAGCUCCGACGGCGAAACCUGCUGCAGCCGCUGAGUAUGUGACGAAGACCGUCUACGGGUUCCUGGACUUCACCACGACCGUCGGUUCCACUGUUAUGAUCUUCACGCCACAGAGUCAAAGUGCAAAGCCGAAGCCCAGCAAGACCCGAGACCCCGUGCUGCCUUCGCGGCCGAACCGCCCAUCUUCCCGGAUAACGCUGAGACCGACGCCCACACCCACGCCCACGAUCCCCAAAGUAACUGCCACUCCAGCCCCUUCAGUGCUCCCUUCAAAGCUCCCUGCCAUUUCCUCCUCUUCCACCCUCCAGUCGUCCUUCUUCGAGGAUCACACCGCCCUUGACAUCGAGACCCUCUUCGACGUCACUCCCGACGAAGAGAUUAUCAUCGAUUACGACGCCGACUAUCCGCAGUACGAAGAGGCGGUGGUCGAGGAGGUGGUCGAGGAGGCGAAGGAAGAGCUGAGGAAGCCCACCGCGCCUCCGAGUCGCCCGAAGCCCUUCCGCCGGUUCAAGUCCUCCUCCUCCCAGGAACAAGGGAACCGCCGUCGACUGGACCUCAACUACUUCAAUAGCCGCAAGAAGACUCCAUCUCUGCGUCGCCAGACCGGAGGGUCCACCAUCGUCCCCAUCACGAUCGAGGGCACAGGCACGUUCGCUCCGAAGUCUACGUCGGUGAUCCGUCCCACUGUGGUGCCCACCACGCCCACGGAGGUUGUUGUCAGCGCUACACAAGGCUUUGCAACUCUUAGUGUCAUUGGGCCUUUCAGUACCGCUAUCAACAACGAGCUGGGUCAGGUUAAGGAGCACUAUGAUUUCCUAUCUUCGGCACCUGUCUUAGAUGUUGAAGAGACGUACGAUGUGUAUGAUGUGGAACCUACAGCCUCACUUGAGGACCUGUACAGCUCCGGUUUGGUAACAAGUGAUUCGAGCUUCCCUACUGGUCUUGUCACCAAGCUUGGCGGUACCAUUGUGUCAGAUGGCCUCAUCACUGUGCACGAAACCAGUGUCAUUGGCACAUACAUCGCAGGGCAAUAUGCCCAGAUCUUGCAGAGCACAUCUCACAUCUUCCAAACCACACCAGUCCCUGAGAUUUCCUUGAAUAGUCCAUCUCUCCCCGAAGACUAUGAAACCGUCAAAUCAGUCAUCAAAGGCUCCGCUACGCAGUUCUUGAGUCCCGAGUCUACUGCGUCUCUUCCGCUGGAGUCUCUCUUCUCGGAGCCAUCAAGCCGAGAGCGCAACAGCCGGAAGGAAGAGGAAGGAGGCUCGGCCAUCCAGGCUCGCCUCCGCGAAGCCUUGGCCAAACGCCUGGGGUCAGGCCAGAGCCAAAACACUCGUCAGGAUCGUUCUCGCCUCGCCCAGGACCCUUACGUCGACGAGGAAAAGGAUGAGUUUGACCUCAAACUCUCGGGAUCGGAUCUCCGACCUUCCUUCGGGUUCCGAGGAUCAACGCCUGUCACCAGGACACCCCGAGUGAGCACUCUCUACGCCGAGGAGGUCAAGCCCACCACUUACCGGCCGAGGUUCAAGCCGACCCCCACACGCCGCUUUGGCAGCAGCCGGCCAACGUCCCUGCGGUCCCCUCCAAAUGCUCCCUUCAGACAGACACGACCUGCCAACCGCUGGCGACUGAAUACGUCACCAAGACCCAAAGUAAACAUCAACAGGCGCCCCGUCAAUCAGCCAGAUAAUUAUGAUGAUCUUCAGGCUGUUGACGAAUCGCAAGCUAUUUCCCGACCAACUGUACCCGAGCCCAUUAUUCCUGAAGGGGGAGAGGAAACCCUGAGGAUUGUGACCAGCACACCGGCUGAUGGAGCCACAGAUGUUUGGUUCGAAGUUGCUACCAUCAGGUCGCUUCACACGUUCCGCGUCGGCACAACAAAGAAUACACGUUAUGUCACGUUCACGAAGACCACGACCCACAGUAUCGACCCGACGCCUGCGCCCCUUGGGCCACAGGACGACUUCUACGAAACGCCGCUCUUUGAAAACAUCCUGGACGAUGGACCUCGUGACGUGUCGACCCUUCCUCCAGUCGACCUCGGCGAGAGUGACGUGACCGCCCUGCUCGAGACGGUGACGGAGACGUUCAGCACAACGGAGUUGAUGAAGAAGACGUCGGUGCUCCCCGUGCUGCACGCAGGCGAAACCUCAUUCUACACUCUGACGCAGACCUACCACAUCACUCGCGUGGUCACCGCCCUCAAGACGAUGCCGCCCUACGAGGCAUUUUCCUUCAUCCCAGAAAACUCGCUGAACGAGUUCAAUGGCCAGCUUUUGGCAGAGGGAACCGAGAACGACGAGUCCCUCUUGCCUGGCGAAAUCGAGUAUGACGAAAAUGGCGAAAUUAUUGACACGACAAGUGGCACUCGAGUGCCUCCACCGCCAGGAUUCCCCUUCCAGGAUCCCAACCUUGCAGAAUUAGCUGGAGGCCAAUUCAAUCCCGACGUUUUUGAGAAACAGCUGCACCCACAACUGACAGCAGCUCUUCAGCAUAGGCAACAGAUGCAGCAGAAGCAAGGCAGUGCGCGUCCUCCGCGUCAUCUUCAACGCCCGCCCUAUCUUCACUACCAUCAGCAGCGUCGAAGUCGUCCACACGACCAUCACCUCUUUCGAAACGGCAACCGUCACCGUCGCCCCAACCCUCCCCUGGUGGGCUAAGGAGCCUCGAGAGCGAGCGAGGCCUCAGAGGGCGACGGAGGCGCGGUCUCCGCCCAUGUUCCCGCCCGCUUCCUUGACGCCGAGUGCUGGCACUCUGCAUCUAACCUCUACUAACCCCUUGAUAGUCUGACAAUCAGUGUUCAGGCGUGGAAGGUUAUCAUCAGGUCUUCAUUCUGACUUCCGGCAAAGAGGAAACAAACGCGGGGGAAGGAAAAAAUGAACAGAAGCGAAAGGAAAGUGUGAUGGGUAAAGAAGACCUUUUUAGUACCAUGAAAUAUAUGAUAAGACGCUCAUUCUUCCCUUCUCCUUUAAUCAACUGACAAUGCGUCUAUUAUCCAUGAGGGUUUUGUUAUUGUAGGAUAUUGACUACAUAUACUAGACUUACAAAUGCCAAAUAGCUGAAGCAUCACUUUAACGAAGAAAAUGGUACUAGAUCACGUAAAGAUCACACUUUAUCAGUUAAUCAUUAUUCGGUGUUACAGUUCGUGCAGUGAAUGGCAUCCGAUAAUGAUUAUUCUGAUACUGGGCAGGUGAUCAGUAUAAUAAACUGAAAAAAACAAAGAAGCCAUUAGAUUCGAUAGAUGUUAAAUACUGGGCGACCAAAAAGGUUGUUGAGUGCAUUGAACAGUCAUCAAACUCUGUCGUUGUUUCUUUGUGCGAUAUGAAUAGCAAAGAAUUGUCGACAGGGUUACUGACUGUUCCUUUAACUCUUUGAUAGUAGAUUGUCCUCUGUUUCUCAUUUUGAAUUUGAGCUGGUGGAUAAGUAGAUUGUUUUAUAGCUAUACUAUUAGGUUAUUAUUCAAAUAGACAAAACAAAUGGAUCUGUAGAUUAACUUAUGGAAACAACAUAUAGAAACACGCGCGC